AUGUUUGCUACAUCUAGUUUGUUACGUACUGUUUCCAGACAAUUUUCCACUUCCGCCACUACGAUGUCUAUCAAGGCCAAAGUCCUAGUGUAUGCCCAGCACGGCCAGCCGGAGUCCGUGCUCAAGUGUAUUUCUCAUGAGUUGCCAUCUUCUCCACAAGGAUCAGAUGUCCUAGUGCAAACAAUUGCCAGUCCAGUCAACCCUUCUGACAUCAAUCAGAUCCAGGGAGUGUAUCCCUCGAAACCGGACAAAACCACUGCGUUUGGAACGUCAGAACCGGUUGCCCCUUGCGGAAACGAGGGUCUAUUUAAAGUGCUUGCUGUUGGAAACAAGGUCACCUCCCUGAAGGCCGGCGACUGGUGUAUUCCAAGCAAUGUCAACUUUGGAACAUGGAGAUCGCAUGCCUUGACCGACGAAUCGUCCUUGCUCAAAAUUAGCAAGACAAUCACCGAGGAACAGGCUGCCACCAUCUCCGUUAACCCAUCCAGUGCUUACCAGAUGCUCACCAUGUUCGAAGACCUGAAACCGGGCGACUGGUUCAUCCAGAACGGGGGAAACUCCCAGGUUGGCCGUGCUGCCAUCCAGAUCGGCAAGAAACUCGGCCUGCAGUCGAUUUCCAUCGUCAGAAAUAGAGACAACUUACAGGAACUCGUUGACGAAUUGACCGCGCUGGGUGCUACAAAGGUUAUCACCGAGGAGGACAACGCGUCCAGAGAGUUUGGCAAGACCAUCGCCGAAUGGACAAAGGGUUCUCCAAUCAAACUUGCAUUGAACUGUGUUGGUGGAGAAAACUGCUCCAACAUGGCCAGAAAGCUCGGCAAAGACGCUACGUUGGUCUCUUACGGUGCCAUGUCGAUGAAACCGGUCAUGAUUCCUACCCAGCUGUUCAUUUUCAAGAACCUCACUGCCAAGGGAUUCUGGAUCACGGCAAACGUCACCAGAGUGCCUGGCUCUAAAGAAAACACUUUGAAAGCUGUGCAGAAAAUGAUGGAGGACGGCGACCUUGUGGACGUGAAGGUGACCCAUGUGCCGGUUUCUGCAGAUGGCUCCGAAGAAGAGGUGUUCAAGGCGUUCGAAACGGCCCUGACCAACUCCAAACAGGGCAAGCAGCUUGUCCGGUUCACGUGA